CCUCGCCAAUUUCCCCUCCAAUUUCUUCCUCCCAAACAAUCUCUCCAAGUCCACCAUUUCCACCCCAAACCACCCCAGAGAAAAGCACCGCAAAGCCAUCAAAAUGACCCAAUUAACCCAACACCUCCCCACCACCACCCCACAAUCGCUCCGCCGCGCAACCACCCAUCCAUUCCUCCAACGCGCCGGCGAAGGCACACUCCCCAAGCCACUGCUCGCGCAAUGGCUCUCGCAAGACCGACUCUACGCACAGUCCUACAUCCGCUUCAUCGGCCUCCUGCUCUCGAAGAUCCGCAUCCCCUCCGCCACCCCCGCCCCCGGCACACCACCCCAACAAUCCCUCGAAGACCGCACCGCCGCCAUCCUCAUCGACGCACUGGUCAACAUCCAACGGGAGCUGGGCUUCUUCGAAGCCACGGCGGCGGAGUACGGGUUGGAUUUGAACGCGCGCGCGGACACCGCGGAGGAAGGGCCGGGAUCGGACUUCGGGUUCGGACCUAAUGCUAUCACGCACGCCUAUAUCGAUCUGUUCCUGUCGGCGGGGAGUGCGGGGACCUCGUUGCUAGAGGGGCUGGUGGUGCUGUGGGCGACGGAGACGUGCUAUUUGCGAGCGUGGCGGUUCGCAGCUUCGUUUCUGGGCUCAGGGCAGGGGGAGAGGCAGGAUACGGAUGGGGGAGCGCUGCGCGAGAAGUUCAUUCCGAACUGGUCGAGUGGGGAGUUUGAAGGGUUCGUUGAUGGGAUUGGGCAGGUGGUGGAUGAGAUGGCGGGGGGUUAUGCCGGUGGGGAUAAGCAGGAGCUGCUGGGUCGGUGUGAGAGGUGGUGGAGGCAGGUGGUUUGGUUGGAGGAGCGGUUUUGGCCGGAGGUUUGAGUGUUGAAUGAAUGGUUUGGGUGGAAGCAGCUGUAGGAUCAUAUUGUCUGAAUGGAGAAUGAUUAACUGGAAUUGAAG